ACAAACAGACAGUCUGCAGCAGUCUGCCCAUUGGCCGUAACAAAGCCUGGUGAUUUUCUGGUGCCUCUUCCGGCCCGGGACCGUCAAUGCCCUGCUGCUAAUUGAAGGGCUCAGAAGCCAAAGACGCUAUAUUUAGUGGUGGACCCAAAUGCCUCCACAGUCUGCCAGUGGGAGGGAUUCAACUCAGCCCAGGGGUUAACCCCUUGUCAGCGAGACACGGGGAGACCGCAAACCCCGGUGGCUGCCCUUUAGAACGGCACAGGAGAGUCACAAAUACAUUCAAUUCUUUUCCCCCCAAAGAAAAUUAAGGACCAAGCCUGAAUUAAAUCAUCUCCUAUCUCUGGACAAUACCCUUCCCCAACAUCCCCCUCCCUGGCCCGCUUCCUCCAGCGCACAGCAUAUCACCCUCGUUCAUUCCAAAUUCCCAGAGUAGGUGGCAAGUCCCUCCGGCCAGGGACCCGGUAUCUGUCAAGAGCCCUGCUCACAUCUGGAGCUCUCACUUAUCCUCGGUAUCCAAACACUCCAGACACCGGAUUAGAUACAAAGCUGCUGCGCGUGGGGCACCUGCCAGACAGAGCCAGAGCUGGUGCAUGACCCUGACAAGCGUGGGUCAUUCCCAGCUGCUCCUUCCGAUUACAAAUGGGUUUUGCUUUACAACGAUUUCAAGGGGUUUCUCCAUUGACACUUGCACGCCCUGCAGAUCUAGAGUAAGACGCCUCCAUCAUGCCACUGUCUGGGAGUACAGGGGACCGCCCUGGAGACUCAAGGGUUAAAUGCUCUCCUGCCGCUGGAACUUCGCCUCUUUCCAGCCAAUGACGGCACAAGCGGGCUCCUACACUGGGCUGAGACCUGACAGCCAGCCAGCGACACCAGGUGAAGCAGAAGGGAGCUGGGCAGUUCUACGGUGCACAGGACUGGAGGAAAGAGCAGCAGAAAGAGAGCCAGCCACUCUGGGUGUCAGACCGGUCAGGCUCCCCCAAGGCAGAUGCCCAUGGACCCAAUGAAAUUCGCUAUGUGGCUGGUGCUGGUGACCUUGUUGUCACAGUCUGCCCAGGAGGCUCAAUGCAGCAGGCGAGGGAGACGCAGCCUUCUGGAGCUGGGUCUCACUCUGUGGUGUUACCGGCAGAGACUGCGGACCCCGCUGUUCGCUCUCAACCUGUACGGGUGCUACUGUGGAACCGGGGGCUCCGGGACACCCCUAGACGCAGUGGACCAGUGUUGCUUCCUCCAUGACUGCUGCUACCGCCACGCCAGGGUCUCCUUAGAGUGCCGGGGGAGAGUGAAGUGGCAGCCCUAUGAGUUUGCGUGUAGCCAAUCGGGGACAGAGUGCCGCUCUCAGAGCGUCUGCGGCAGGAUGGCCUGUGAGUGCGACAGAGAGUUUGCAGAGUGUCUGACGGCCGCAAAACCCAGGAAGAGGCAUUUCUUCUACAACAGGAGAGAGCUCUGUGCUGGUCCCAAGGGCUCCUGCCCGGCCACCUUCCCCAACAAGGCCGAAAUCCUGCACUGGAGAAAGACGCCUUCCCUGCCUCCUCCUGGCGCUGGCUCUCCGAGCAAGGGCUCUGCGUUGGGAGCCAGGGACGGAAACCCCGCCCUGUGACUGAGUGGAUUCUGCUUCAUGGGGAUUUGCUGAGCUGUCCUAGUCCCCUGGAUUUCUGUGCCUCUCUAGGAGUAAAUUGUUUCAACAACUGCUGGGUGCUCUCUCUGUGGUCUGAGCAAACCGGGGUACAUGGGGGAGGGAGGCAGGAUAGAGUCGGAGUGGCUUCAAAGGGGGGAGGGGCAAGGUGCAUGGGGGGCACUUACGGACUCUGCCUGGGAUCGGUAGUUCUAGUAUUAUCAAGGCUCUGGAUGGGAGGCAGCUGAGAGGAGCUAAGUCCUGGGUCCGCCUAAUUUCUGUAGCAGCCCAAGCCCCCAGGCCGUGCUAGGCGCUGCACAGACACCCGGGGGGGCUGGGAGAGCAGAGAACGGGGGUGACUCCCUGGGCUAGGAGAGGGCACCGGAGAGCCACCGUCGCUCC